CACGUGCUGUAGAAAACUGUACACGUGUUUUCCUCCUCAUUCGGCAAUCUCACUUUCUUCUCCACAGGGCGAGUUUCUCCUACAGUCUUGGCCGAUACUGACGAAACUCUCAGGCUCGGAGUCCGUACAUCUUAGGGUUUUUUUGGGUCCUGAUCGUCGAUUGCAGUCAUGUACAGAAGCGCAGCUUUACGCCUUAGGGCUCUCAAGGGCCGUACCUAUAAUAGAGGAUUUGCCAGAUUUUCUAGUUCGACUGCUGUUGCAACAAAGCCAUCAUCAUCCUCUUUGGGAGGUCUAUUUGGCUGGUUGACUGGAGAACGGUCAAGUUCUUUACCUCCUCUAGACUUUCCGCUCACAGGUGUCAGCCUCCCACCUACUUUGCCAGACCAUAUUCAACCAGAUUCUACCAGUAUUACAACUCUCCCUAAUGGCGUUAAAAUAGCUUCUCAAACAUCAGCAACUCCAGCAGCCUCAAUAGGGUUAUAUGUUGAUUGUGGUUCAAUCUAUGAGACACCAGUAUCAUUGGGGGCCUCGCAUUUGCUGGAGCGUAUGGCCUUCAAGAGUACAAGAAAUAGGAGCCACUUACGCAUUGUGAGGGAAGUUGAGGCAAUAGGUGGAAAUGUGCAAGCCUCGGCUUCUAGGGAGCAGAUGGGUUAUACCUAUGAUGCACUAAAGACUUAUGUUCCUGAAAUGGUAGAGCUUCUUGUCGACUGUGUUAGAAAUCCCGUUUUCCUUGAUUGGGAGGUCAAUGAACAGCUUCACAAGGUGAAAGCUGAGAUAAGCGAAGCUUCCAACAACCCAGAAGCUUUGGUUUUGGAAGCAAUUCACUCUGCUGGUUAUUCUGGUGCUUUGGGCAAUCCACUUCUAGCCCCAGAAUCUGCCAUAAACAGAUUGGAUGGUGCAAUUUUGGAGGAAUUUGUUGCUGAAAAUUAUACUGCUCCACGGAUGGUUCUCGCAGCUUAUGGCGUUGAUCAUAAGGAGUUGGUAUCCAUUGCUGAACCACUUUUAUCUGAUUUACCCAGUGUUCCUCGUCCUCAGGAGCCCAAAUCUGUAUAUACCGGGGGUGACUAUCGCUGUCAUGGCGAUUUAGGGAGAACACAUUUCGCUCUUGCAUUUGAGCUUCCUGGUGGCUGGCAUAAGGAGAAGGAAGCUAUGACUUUAACCGUUCUUCAGAUGCUUUUGGGAGGUGGUGGAUCUUUCUCAGCAGGGGGACCUGGAAAGGGGAUGUACUCACGGCUAUAUCUUCGUGUCUUGAAUGAGCAUCCGCAGUUUCACUCUAUUUCAGCUUUCAAUAACAUCUACAAUAAUACUGGCAUUUUUGGUAUCCAAGCUACAAUUGGUUCUGAUUUUGUGGCUAAAGCGGUUGAUAUAGUGGCUAAUGAGCUUCUUGCAGUUGCAACACCUGGAGAAGUUGAUCAAGCACAGCUAGAUCGUGCUAAAAAGUCUACAAAGUCUGCCAUUCUGAUGAAUUUGGAAUCUAGAAUGAUUGCUUCAGAAGAUAUUGGGAGACAAGUUCUGACUUAUGGAAAGAGGAUGGAAGUGGACCAUUUUCUGAAGGCUGUGGAUGGGAUUACUGUAAAAGAUAUUGCUUUAACUGCCCAAAAGCUGCUGUCUUCUCCUCUCACAAUGGCAUCAUAUGGGGAUGUCAUUAAUGUCCCAAGCUAUGAUUCGGUCAGCAGCAAGUUCCAUUCAAAGUGAAAAUUUUCUUUUACAUAUAUGGUGAACUCGACUGGUACCUGAUCUGUUGUUUUGAGUGUUUGAAAUAUGCAUAUCAUCAAGCUCUUAUACUUCCUAGUCCUUUUGAAAAUAAGGAGGUAUUUUGAUGCAUAAAAUCAAUAAACCAGUGAUAUUGAGCCAGAAGCACUUGAUAUGCCUGAUCUCUGCUGGUGGCAGAGAUGGACAGAAUAGGUUUCACUUCCUUGUUUAAUGGUGUAAUUGUUUAUUUCCUUGAAAUAAAGCUACAAUAUUUUUGGGUUAGGUAUACAAGUUGACCUGAAUCAUAUUCAAUCACCUCAAUGAGUUAUUUUUAUUUAA